UAUUUUCUGGGUCGUGACAGCCAAAAAACUCUCCUUUAACCAACUCCUUUUUAACUGUUGUUGUCGGCUCUGGACGAUCUUCUCUUGUUUCCUGCUAAAGGCAGUGUGUAAAUAAAUGGAGCAACUUCCAAAGGAUUCGGCGACUGAUUUUCCUGAAGGUGGUGCAUCAGAUGGAUUUGGUCAGCAUACUGAUCCCAAUGGAGUUGGAACUGCUAAGGUUGCUGGGGGACACACCUAUGGUGAAAAACCUUCUAGGAUACUCUUUGUUCGAAAUAUUAACAGCAACGAUGAACACUCUGACUUGAGAACUAUUUUUGAGAAAUAUGGGGAGAUCAGCACUAUGGAUACAUCUUCCAAGCAAAAAGGAUUUGUAACCGUAUCUUACUAUGAUAUCCGACAUGCUUUCAAAGCAAUGCAUGGUUUACCAAAUGAGGAUAUGAGACAAGGAAAACUUGAGGUUCAAUAUUCAUAUCCUAAGGACGAUAAUGAAGGAACUCUUGUAGUGUCCAAUAUAGAUGCAAGAGUUUCAUAUGAUUUCCUUCGUCAAAUAUUUCGGACAUAUGGAGAGGUCGACGAGGUCUGGCCCGUCGGGAGAGCUCCCCACAAGUUCAUAGAAUUCUGCGAUGUGAGAGAUGCCCAAGCAGCUCUUAGAGCUUUAAAUGGUUGUGCUAUAUUUGACAAACUGAUAAAAGUGGAACCUAGUCGUCGUCGUGGUGAAUGCCCAAGGACGUUAUGGCUUAAGCCCCUGGCUUCGAGGCAAAACUAGAAGCGACAAUCUUAUCGUUUCCGGAACUUGCAGUCUUCGCUGAAAUGAUGGUAAAUGGAUGGGUCUCUUUGUUCCUCGAUUCAAGCCCACGGCUGCUGUUGCUCUUUGAGGGACCAGAGUUCAGGACUCUGGUGCGAGUGACCUAAUCUCUCAUCGCUGUUUACUCUCUUUUUUGUUGUUACUGCAGCAAGGAUUUCGGAGUUGUAAAAGGAGACUCCCUAGGACGCUUU